AUGAAAUUCACCAGAAAAACACCAAAAAACCAGAAGGAUAUUCAUAAGGAAUUCGCCAGAAAAAUGCCAAAAGACCAGAGAGAAAUUUACAAGAAAAUUCUCCAAAAAAAAAAACACCAAAGGACCAUAAGAAUAUCUACAAGGAAUUCAUCAAAAAAUGCUGAAGGACCAGAGGGAAAUCCACAAGAGAAUUCUCCAAAAAAAACUCUGAAAAAAAUGCUGAAGGACCAGAGGGAAAUCCACAAAAAGAAUUCUCCAAAAAAAAAGGCAAAAUAUUCACAAGAAAUUCACCAGAAGACCACUGAAAGACCAGAGGAAAAUCUACAAGAAAAUUCUUCAAAAAAAAAUGCUGAAAUAUCAGAGGAAAAUUUACAAGAAAUUCACCAGAAAAACGCCGAAGUACUAAAGGGAUAUCUACAAGAAAUUCACCAAAAAAAUGCUGAAGAACUAGAGGGAAAUCCACAAAAAGAAUUCUCCAAAAAAAAAAUGCCAAAAUAUCUACAAUAA